CUGCAUAUGACAUGUGUAGAAAUACAAGAUUAUUGUUAUUGUUUAUAUAAAUCCUAAUAAAUGUGUUAAAUAGAUACGCAUUUCGCAACUACUCCUGCGUUUGUCGUUAUGGACGGAGUUAGCCGCCAUCUUAUUUAUCACAAAUUCUUCUAGAUGGAAGUAACAUGGCGCACGUAAUUUCUAUGUGCAAAUAUCUUAAAACAACAUGAAUACAAACAAACUGUUAAAAUAUAUCUAAAAUCUAUAAAGUUAAGUGCAAAUAAUGUGUAAAAUUGAAAAUGGAUAUUGAUGAUCCAAUUCAACAGUUAUUGAAAAACACAGGAUGGUCAUGUGAUGACUUAUUGGAGAAACUACAGAAAUAUAAGUCCCAAAAGGAAAAUAAAAAAAAUCCAGUGGAAUUAGUACAAGAAACAGAAGCUAGGAAUUUGAUUUAUGAAAAAUUUGUCUGCGAUGCAGUCAAAGAUAUACAAGGAAUUAAUGGUUCCGAGGUAUCUACUUUUGAUUGUAAUGAAAAUACGGAUAAAAUUAAAAAUACCAAAAAUUCUGUGACUGUAUCCGAAAAAGAAUUUUCAGAUACUGAUGAAGAGGAAGUUGAGGUAAAUGUUACAAAUAGUAACAUUAUUGAUGAAAUAAUAGAUGACAUUGAUAAUACUGACGAAUUAAACCAGAUAACUGAGAAUACCACUCAUAGACCGCUGCAAGAUAAUACUGAACAAGAAGAAAUAACAGAAGUCAGAGUUAUAGAAGUUGAUGAGGAAGAUGAAGAUGAUUAUUUUGAAGAAGAAUGUUCCUAUAAUAUGGUCAAACAAAAUCCAGUAUUGCUUGAUUCUAAAAAUGUUGAAUAUUUAGAAACUUUUCCAAGAAAGGGUCCUAUUGAAUCAAUUGAUUUGACUGAGGAUGAUAAAAAUGAUUUUUCCAGUGAAGGAAAUAUCAUUGAAAAAGAGAACGAUCGAGAAAAAAACGUAUUUAAUAAUGCGGAUGACAAGAAAUUUAUUUCUGCAAAAAAUUCAGAAUGUGAUAAUACCAUAAAUAUAAAAAAUACAGAUAUCUAUCAGAAUACCUCACCAAGCGUAAAUGAUCCAAAAGAUGAUAAAAGUACAUCAUCUGAUGAUCAAAUCACUGACAGAAGUAGUUCUAAGCAAAUACGGGAACAGCCUCUUGAUAAAGGCAUUGAUGAAGAAGACACAAUUAUCAAUAAAAAAAAAUGUGAAAAAGUAAACUGCGAUAGAGUGUGCACAAUAGUGGACAAAGUACAAGAUAAUGAUUUAUGUUAUCCCACAACAGAAAGGAGUAAUGAUCAAAAUGAAAAUUAUGUUGAAGAGAAUUCGGAACUAACAGAUUUAGAAGACAUAAGAAAUAAUUUAAAAUUACAACUGAACAGCUUACGAACACGAAAAAAGGGGCAUUUCUUACAACAACUGAGAUCCAAAGUUGUAGAUUCUUCAGAGUGUAAUAUAAAAGAACUAGAUAAUAGUUUUGAAAGUCCUGAAAUAGCAAAUAAUGAAAAACAUAAUGGAAUAAAAGAUAGUUUUAAAAAAUUAUUAACUACCGGUAAUGGUAAAGAACAUGAUCUGUAUACUCAAACUAAUGAAUUUGGUCUUGUAAUUUUAAGUGUACAAGGAGGUAUAGAUAUAGGGGACCAAAAUAAUGAAAGUAAUAAACAGGCUGUAAUAAAUGAGGAUUCAUCAAAUACUGUCAGUUCUGCAUUAGAGAACAGCACGGAUAGUAAUAGUUUUGUUUUACAAAAUAAUUUGGAAAAUACUGAAGUGAAUGAGACUAGCGAAGUAUUUGAUGAGAUAAGGAAAAUAAUUCGAAAACAAAAAUUAAAUAAUUCAGUGAAUGGUACAAAAAAUACAACUAAGGAUGUUCGUAACCCUAAAUUUAAUUGUUUUUCAAGAUCUACAACUACUCCGUUAAAAAUACUUGAGGAAUCUAAUGAAAAAACAGAGUGUUCUAGUGCUUCUGCUGAUAAUUCUCAAUCAUCUUUUACAUAUGACGAAACGAGUCAAAAUAUUGACAAAAAUUCCCCUUUUGUAAGUAACACUUUGGAUGAAUUUUUGACAGGGAAUUCAAAAUUAAAUAUUAGCUAUAAAAUUCCAAAAUCUGGCGCAGAGGAGGGGUUAACAGACAGUUAUCGCGAGGAAAGUCCUUUAAUAUUAAAAAAAACGGUGGAAGUACAUAACGACAAUAUACCAAUAUCAAAGAGGACAGAAACAAUAAAAGCUAAAACUGUAGCUCAGAAAAGAAAGCUUUUGGAAAAGCAAAGAUUGAAGGAAUUAAAGAAGCAGGGAAAAUUUAUUAAACGAUCUGAAAAUGUAAUAAAUAAUACAAAAAUUGCCGGACAAAAAAGGUGUAGUUAUAUAGAAAUUAAUAACAGAAAAUUAUGGGUAAAAGGAACGAAACCUAACGUUUGUGUAGCAAAAAUUAAGUAUCCAGUGGGAGUGGGACCUCCUUUAAAAAACUGUUAUCGAAAAAAGAAGCUAUCUCUACUGACUGAGCUAACAAAAAAAUACAACGAAAAAAUAAAAUAUCUCCCAGGACCUUUAAGCAAAAAGUCUACCCUACAAGUUAAUGGUCAUGAUAAUUGGAAAACAGAGACUAAAUUGUUGCCUAAAAUAACACUAGAGGUAACGCCAAAAAUUGGCCAAUGCUUACCAUCUGAUAUUAUAUCUAGAUUGCCACAAUGUGAUGGACUUAUCACUACAGAUCUAGCUGAAUUUGCAUUAUCUACGUUGAAAACAAAAUUUAAUACAAAUACUGAAAAUAAAACAUUCAAAUUUCCUAUUAAAUACAUGAACAAUCAGGAAAAAAUAAUUGUUAAAAAACAAAAAACUACUUCACUAAAGUAUAAUCCGGAAGAAAAAAGUAACGAAGACAAAUGUAUCAACAGUGUCGUCGCAAAUGUUAUUGACGAUUUAAUUAGAUAUGUUGAAAUUAAAGAAAUUGCUCCUACAUUGAUUAAAGAAGAAGAAGACAUUGAAUAUAAUUAUAAGGAUGGCAAAUUAGAUAAAAUGCCUAUUAUAGCUGAUAAUAUUUCAAGUAUUAUUAAGAAACCACCGAAGAAAAAGUCCAAAGUAGAAUUAGAACUGUUGAGACUGAGUUGCAAAGUAGUCAACGUAGAAGUUGAAGAAGACUCCACAGAAGAAUCAUGCUAUAAAUCAUACUGCCAGCUUGGAUGUGUAUGUAAAAGUUUAAAAUGUGAUGGGAUGAUAACUUAUCAUUGCCAGAAUGUUGGCUGUAUGUUAGAAUGCAAAUGCCCUAGGGAAAAAUCUAUAGAGUAUGAUAAACUUAUGCUACCAGCAGGAACAGACAUUUUGUCGAAAGAUACUGUAACAAGAAUUGAAGAUGAAGCCAAAAAAGAUUUGGCAAAAGUUGAACGUGAAUUCACACAAAUGGUAAUACAUACUAAUGACAAAACCAUAGUAGUGGGUACAGGUGGAAGACAUAAAACUAGAAGAUCUACAAAAGCUCCUAUAAAAUAUUCUGAUUAUAUUGAUUCCAACUUUGAAUCCAUUGAAGAAGAUAUAAAGACAAAGACCCAGGAGAAAAAACAUUUCUCUAAAGAGUGCAUUGUAAGUUUAGAUAGAUUAAAUCUCCAAGACAUUAUACCUUAUUGUAUGCUUCACAAUGUAUACAGCUGUCGUUGUGAGGCAAAGUCUCUUCCUGUAAAUUGUAUUGCAAGAAAUGCUACAACCAAGAUUUCUUCUAAACCUAUUGGCGAGGAAACAACUGAAAAGAAACCAACUACUGACAAAAAAUAUCUCAAGGGUAUUAAGGUGACACUGCCAAAACAACCUAAAAUUGAGAAAGAGUCUCUCAUCGAUUCAAAUAAUCUUAAUAAUGCUCCAGGUAUAGACAUAAAAGUGUCAGCUAGUGGAAGACCUAUACGUAUAAAUAAGAAGUUAAAAGAAGACUUCGCCUAUUUCAAUGAACUUGAUUUUCAAUCAGUAGGUUGUGCUAGGACCCUUGGUGUUCCCAUCGAUAUAAGAACUAAACGUAAACAUUCAAUUAAGUCUCUAAGUAAAUUGAUCAAAUAUGAUUUUAGUAACAAUAUUACCCAAUCUGAAGUUUUGAAAUCGAAACUUCUUGUAAGCUCCCCUGAUACACUUGAAGUUGAUAUAUUAAAAAAACAACUGAUCUUAGAUUCAGAAAAAGAUAAGAAGUCAAUGUCUUUGUUAAUUGAAAAGGCACUUAGCGAAAGCAAACAUAAACGCAAGCAAACACUGGAAGUCAGAAAUGAUGAUGCUAUCCCAAAACCGUUGUUUAAUCAACACUUAGCUAUACAGCGUAGGAAGAAAUCUGGAUUUGUCACGAGAAGAAAUACAAUUAUAGAGCCUGUUUUUGAUGGCGAAAUAAUAGUCGAUGAAAGAAACAUGGAACUUUUACAGAAAAUGGGCAAUAGAACUGUUUCAGAAGGAUAUGCACGCUUGUUACCAUGGAGGGCUCUUAUAAACAGUUUUAACAAAGGAAAUGUCAAAAUUUGGUGUAUGGUGGACCAACCGUCUCGUUUAUUGAUAAACAAAAGCGAUAAAACCCUUCCAAAAAAUUAUAUUGAUAUUAGAAAAACAACACAAACUACUGAAGUUAUAUUAUGGAUUCUAAAGAAUAAACUACCACAGCGGUAUCAUGAAGAUCAUAUCUCAUUUAUUCUGAAGCAAACCAAAGACAAUUAUGAAAUUUGUGGCCUCUGUACUAAAAAUUUUAAUGAUACAAAUUCUAUAAAUUGUGAAAAGGAACCAAGUAAAGUGAAUACUGGUAAAGAUACGGGGUUUUUUAAGCAUAAGGAUUUGAAUGGCGUACAGCAAGUCCUAUGCCUUUCAAAAGGCAGAUUUAAACUUCAAGAGUUAGUGGAAGAAACCCUAGCAGCUGUGGGGGAAACUUCUAUAGAAAAAAAUAAAUUAUACAUGUGGGCGGCUUUACCUGAGAUAUAUCCUAUGUGUAAAUGGCGAAUGAUAUUUUUAAAUUCAGAUUUUACUUUUUUAUAUUUCAUCAAAAUAAAGUAUUCCAUAAAAUAUACCGAUUUACUUAGUGCAAGUAACAAAGCUAAAGAAGCCAAUUGUACAGUAAUUUUGAGAAAUUCAAUUAUCUGUAAUCCUAACUAUCACUCAGCAUUUGGAAUAUACUUUGACGCUCAUUACCAGGACAGACUCUUCAUCGGUCCUUAUUUUAAGCAACAUAAAUAUGAUGACAUUGAAACCUUGCGAUAUAUAAAUCAGUCUCUGGUAUGUACAGAAUCUUUUAAUAAGAUGCAGGGCAAAACAGAUUAUAAAUGUGGGCAUUGGCUCGUAGAGCGGCCUUAUAGCCGUAUGUCAGGAAAACAUACAAUUGAUUUGACAAGAGAUACCUAUGCAAAAGGUGUAAAAAGGAAAAAUGAAUUGGAAUUUCCAUUAAGUAUCAAAAAACAAAAAUGCACAUUUGAAGAAAAUGAAAGGAUUAUUGUCACCCAAAAUAACGAUUGCAUCAAAGUGUUGGACAGUGAACCAAGAACACCAGAGCAAUUUAAUAGGUACAUAAUUACAAACAUACCUCAUUUGGGGUAUCUUGGUGCCUUUCAACAUGAAGACUCCCCUGAAAUUGAUGUUUCUUGGCCAUUUGAAAAUAAAUUAUUGAGAUUUCCAAGUGUUAAUUCUGCAACAGAUUUCUUACAAUGCCGAUUUUCAUCCUUAUUACAGCCCGUACCUGAAACUUUUAGGAUUAACAUUAUAGUUAUGACUAACAUAGAUUUAGAAAAAACUAAACCUAUCGACGUCAGUAUUCUUAGCGGUCAUUAUAUUUGUGGAGAAUUUGGAUGUUACAAUAUUAAAACUAUAACAAAUGAAUUUUGUGUUAAUAAAAUUGGAACCUCUCGGGAAGAAUUGUUAAGGAUAUUCGCAAGAAGAGCACAAAUAUUUGUAAGACAAAAGAUUGAAGAACUUGCAGAUGUAAUUAACAUUCCAAAAUCAGAAGAGGGGAGAAAUGACAUAGUAAAUAUAUUAGAUAAUGCAAGAGAGGAUAUAGAAUCACUUAUAGAAUUGGAAAAACAAAAUAUUAUAGAGAAAGAUGGUUUAUUAUUACAGAAACGUGAAUUAGCAGUAAAGGCGUUUUGCCUCAUUUCAGCUUUACCCGAAAAUGAAAAAAGUGCAGAGAGCUGGAAAUUUAGGCAAAUUCUUAAGAAACGGUCAAUACUCCUUCCGAAAACUGUUGUGGAACCUAUUGAAAUUCUUGAUUCUGACGAUGAAGAAAAGAAUACUCCUAGUCAAAGCGAAACUUCAACCAAACAGGAUAUUGAGUGCAAUAUACAUGUACUAAGUGAAGCCUUAACUUCUGACAGUGGUUUUAUGGAUCGCAAUUAUGGAUUUGCAGAAAUUACACCGUUACCCAAGGUUGACCCUCUUAAGGUUCCUUCCAGUAAACAAAGUGACCUAUUGAAACCUCUCUUGGUAGAUAAACACAUUCCCAAUAAGAUAAACCAAACUACAGUUGCUACAUAUCCGCCUCAAAGAAAACUAAAAUCUAUACUAAAAUCUAGUACAACACCUACGACAGCCACUCCCAUCAUUUCAAGAGUAGAGUCCUCCAGUUCAUUAAAUGGACAGCUUGUGUCACCCACUUCUCAGUUCGGUGCAAAUAAAAUUUCAAAUCAGCGUAAGCAGCAGUAUUUAACUGGAGUAAAACUUGUUAAAACCUCUGAAGGAAAAUUAAUGUUAGUGUCUGAAAAUCGAUCGGCAAUUGGAAAGUCUCUCAAGUUUAAAUCAGCUGGGGCAAAACAAGUUGUAAUAAAAAAUAAUGAGAUAUUAUCUGUAAAGUCCAUUAGCCCAUUAAAAAAAGAUAGUCCGCAAAAUAUUUUUGAGUCAGAAACAACAUCUGUUAAACUUCCUAAUAGUCCACCGAAAACUAUUAUUCUUAAAAAAAGUGCUCUUUUAAUGAAGCCUAAAAUAUUAGCUGCGAAUGAUGGAACUUUAUUGCAAAAUAAAGCUAAUGAAAAUAGUGUUUUAAAAAAUCUUAAUGUACUUAUGCCACAAGUAAGUACGACUGAAAAGCAUAUUAAACCUACAGAUAAUAUUGAUGAUUCAAAUGACAAUGACAAAAUUAUAAAAUGUGAUCUAAAUAAGAUAACUGAUGAAAAAGAUAAAGUUGUUACGGAUGAAAGUAAAACCACAGUUUGUAAUGAUGUAGAAAUGAAAAAUAUUACCAAUAUAGAUGAAAAACCUUGUUUAGAAAAUUAUAGUAAUUCAGAAUUUGUUGAAAUUCCCACACAAAUUUGCAGUACAAUUAAUAAUAUUGGUGCCCCAUCAAGAGAUAUAGAGGAAGGUCCAUCUAAUGCUAAUGAAAAGAUUUCUUUGGAAGAUACUACUGAUAUUAAAAGUAAUGAUGAAAAGGGAAGAGUGAAUGAGGACACUUGUUUAAAAACAGAUAGUAGUAGCUCUCAAACAACUGUCAUUAUUGAAAGUGAACCAUCUCUACAAAAACCAUCCAACUUUGAAUUUCAUGGAAGAAGGGAUAAUGAACAAACUGAAGGUUCAUGCAAUAGAGAUACUGAAGGUUUAAAAGAUGCCGAAUCUUCUUCCUUAAUUCUUCAAAACGAGUAUAAUUUAGAGGAAAGACAUGAUACAACAUUAAAAAAUGGCAAGCAGUUUGAUUCAAAUAUUGAUGCAACUCAUACGGAAACCAAAUCUGAUUCUGAUAACGUAACAGAAAGUAUUGAUCAGACUUUUAAUGAUAACAUGCCUUUUUUAGUGAAUACUGUGUCAGAGAUAGUUCCACUUAAACCUGAUAGUGAAAUGUCUACGGAAAUUGAUUCGGCUAAUGCAGCUCCUCUGACACAAAUGACAAAUGCUGCUUGUGAUAAUUCGAGGGACAGUUUAUUGCUUUCAGAAAAUAAAGAUUCAAUAAAAAAUGAUUCUGAAGUAGACAGGCAAAAUUGUUUACAGAGCGAAGCAUCUAUUCAUAAUAUUGAUCCUGAAACUGCAACACAGGUCAACAUUAAUGAAAUUACCUUGGAAUCAGUAUUAAGUACCUCGAAAGAAAACAACACAUGUGUCCAUACAUUAAGUAAUGUAUCAAAGAUAGUUUCACGUAAAGUUUCAAAUGCAAUUAAUAGUGCAAAUGAAGACAAUAUUACAGAAGAAACAGCCACGUCCGUGGUAUCUGUUGAAGGUAAGAUUCUUAAAAGCAAUGAAAAAGAAAUUUCUUUAGAAGAACAAAUACCUAAUAUAAAUUUCUUUUCCGUAUCUCAUAAAGUAAACAGGGAUGAUUUAUGUUGGAUUAAUAAUGAAUCAAAAGACAAUAUUCACAUUGCAACUACUAUCGACCAAAAUCCAGGAACAACAACGGGAGCUGUUAAUCCAAAUGAUACCAAUAGUUUAAUUUAUAAGGUUCCUAUAGAUAAUACUAAUGAUAGUAAAUAUUUAGAUAUUAAAGACUUUUCUAAAGAAAUGUCUUUAGAAACAGACAAAGAAUCAAUCGAAAAGCCUCCUCAGGCUUGUAUUGAUAUAAAUGUUAUAAAUUCCAAAUCUGAAGCAGUUUUGCAUAACAAUGAUUCAAAAAUGCCAACAAGUAUUUCUUCAAAUCAAAAAAAUUCUACAUGUGCAAAAAUUCCUAAUCAAGUACAGCAAGAAAUUUCACUUCAGAGUAUUAGAACUGAUACCUCUGUGACUCAAACAAUCUCCAAUCUUGUCAAUCAUGAAGCUUUAAUAAAAAUUUGCAGUAAUGCUAUUAAAAACGAAUGUGCCAAAACAAAUGUGGAAGCGAUAAAAGAUAUUAGCAUUUCGGUAGCUGUAACAGUUUCAGCUCAGGUUGAUAAUGAGUUUACUUUGGAAUAUAAUGCAAAUACAAUUAAAGAAAAACCAUUGAUUGGAAAUAUAGUCGUCAAAAAACCAGAUUCAGCAAAAAUUAGUAAUAAAACUAAUGGUACUAUUAAAAUUUUAGAAAGAAAUAAUGCAUCUUUACUAAGAAAUGUAGUUCACCACAAAAAUACUAUGUUUGCUACUGGAAAGAAACUUAAACCGAUAAAAUCAAGCAUUUCUAACAAACUGACUUCCAAGAGUCAAAGCAACAAGUCAACAAAACCAUACAAAUCCAAGAAAUUGUGUGGUAAAAAUGAAAAAAUUCUGAAAUCCAGGAGGAAUGGAAAGGUAGAUAGUUCUAAAAACCAGUCUCUUCUAAUUUCAGUGUGCCAACAAAAUCCUUUAAAAAUGAAAAGUGAUGUGAACCAAAGAGUAGAAAAUAUAAACGUUCACAGUAAAUCUAAAACGGAACAUGCAGAAACUAAUAUCACAGUUUCGAAUGAAAGCAAUGCAGAGACUACAUUCAAAGAAACGUUCAUUGAUCAAAUUUCUAAUGAAAAUGAUUCUAAAUUUCAUGCUUCCUCAAUAAAUAGAGGUUCAAAAACAUUAGCUCUGUCUCCAGGUAUCAGCCCAAGAAAAAAGAAGUUAAUAGAAAAUAAUUUUCCUGAAUCUAGCAUAGAACUUCAAAAAAAAAUCAUGACAUCAAAAGUUGAUGAUAAUAGUCAUAAUAUAUCUCAAAUUAAUCCAAAAUCUUUAAACAUGAUUCUCCCUGUAUCACAAAAUUCUAGUGUUGUGAAUGAUAAACAGUUUGCAGUGAAUACUAUUAUCAAUGACUCUUUGGAGACCCAAUUUAAAGACAAACAGAACUCUCCAGAUAAUUAUGAUCCAAAUACCAAAACUGAUGUAAACAUACAAACUGAUAUAAACAAUAAAAUUAUUCCAAAAACAGAUCAACAGAUUUCUUCGGUUGAAAAUAGCAUUGUAAAAGAACUAAUUCCCCCUUUUAAGGCUAAUAAAGUAGAAAAAACUAAUAUAAAUUCAAUAAGUUUCACUUCUGUCUUGUCUAGUGAUCAACAUUCAAGUUCUUCAACUAAUUGCAGCAGUAUAAAGGAUCAUACAAAAGAAAAUCAUUCUCAAGACAGUAAAAAGACUGUUUCCCAAAUAAAAAAUAUUUUGGUACCCAAACGUCCUACUAUUAAGUGUGUGAGUGCAAAGGUAAACACUCUGUUUACCAUUGAUAAUGAUUCAUUUAGAAAAGGAAAGUCUCGAAGUCAAUACAAACAGUCAAUAAAAAAGACUAAAAUAGCAUUUCAAAAUGAACCAGUUAUAAAUGAUCGUACCACUACCAAAAAUUUUAUUCAGAAUCCUGAGAAAAAAGGUACCCCAAGUAAAAGAGGUCGUAUUCGUAAAGAAAUAAUUUCAACAUCUGCUCUUUUUGUUGCUAGUAAAAUGUUUCAUGCUGAAAAUAAGGAGGUAAAAUAUAUUGCAGAUAAAAUUUGUUCUUUAGCUGAGAGUGCAAUAAAAGUUAAACCUCUUAAUAUUAUCAAUAAAGAAAGUUUUUUAAAGAACGCUCAGAUAGCUGAAAAAGUCAUUAAUAUUGGAAAUAUGAAGAAAAAAUUACAUGCUAAUAUUUGUGAAGAUGGCAAUUGUCAAAAGUCUAGUAGUUAA